AUGAGUAAACGGAACCGCAACAGUUUACUCGCCACCGUGACGCCGCUGGCGGCCAGCCACCACCCUUUGGGGGCUACUCUGAGUCCCGGUGCCCCGCUGAAUGCCCAAGAUCAUCCACAGGUGUCCCAGGAGGCCCCUCAUCGCCCGGCAAACCCCGCGGUAUACCCGUUCAACGACGGCGCCCCCCAUCCAACCUACCCUGACUAUAACCCGUGGAAAGACGACUAUGCCCACGACCACCACAUGAACUUGUACCUUCUGAAGGGGUACUUCGAGGCGCCGGUGGUGCUGAACGAGUACUGCCUGGCCCGCCACAUGAUCCAGCACACGUUGUUUAUCAACGUCGACAACUGCAACCACGUGCUUGAGGAGCUCUCCCAGCACUUGGCCAAUGCCUAUAAGACGAGGAACCAGGUGAUCAACAAGAUCAAACACGACCUGAACCACUUCCUGUUGCCACCACGCGUGACGUUGACCCUGGCGAAGCGGGAGGCGUGGCUCCGCGACUUGGCCAACCCGGAGGUGCUGUUUGCCAAGUUGGGGGAGAAGCUACCCCAUGGCAUUCGUAAUAAGGUGCUUAUCGACGCGGUGUGCUCGCGCCACGUCCCGUUAAACCGCGCGUUAUGGUACACUAAGUGUACUCUCUACGGCGAGUACUUGGUGUUGGAAAAACGCCGCAAAGUGAAACUGCUGCCGCUGAAACUGACACCGCUGAGUCUUGGUGGCCAGGCCCACCCGCUCGAUUGCCACUGGCUCCAAGAAUGGACACAACAGGUGGCGGACUACAUCGUCAAGUUCUCGCGGGAAAUGGUCCACAUCGCCACUCCUGAACGCAAAGCCCAGUACUUGGCCAAAUUCAGCUACAUGGUGCGCUACGUGUCGUUGCUUUACAUCGAAAACUUGCUUGAUAAAACCUACUUUCUCACAUUAAUCCUCAAAUCGUUCCGGGAAGGGAUCGCCACCACCAAUUCUGGCUCCGGCAGUGACGAUGACGACGAUGACGAUGACCACCAGGUGGACCACACCCCUGAUAGUCACUACGGGCAGCGGUUAGUCGCCCUUGAGCUUAUCACCGUGUUCUGGCAUGAUCUUUUGAAAUCCGACUAUAUGCUCAAGGAGCUCUGCCUGGGGCUUUUGCUCAACCACCAUCAUCUCUCAAAGCACGUGGGACCGACGCUGGCGAUGCUCCCCGUGGUCACCGACAAGGUGGUAUACUUAUUCCACCGCAACACCAAUUUGUUCAUUUUGCCCACCCACUGGAGCGUGGUCCAGAAACUGCUCUGGCAAAUCCUUGAGGGCAGUGUACGUACUGCUAGUGAUGACGACAAGCACGAACUACGCCGUCAGCUUGAAUUGAUCCGCUACCGCAAUGAGCUGUUGAUGCUUAAUUACCGCGCCACUAGUCGUGCCCCCGGCGAUUUACUCAGCCAGCGGGCAAGCGAUGACCUCAUCCGCGUGGUGCACAGUUUGGACCACCGGAGACUCACGCUGAGCCUUGCUAAGCUCUUUGAUGGGCCUCAGUGGCGGGUAUACUUACGGGCGGCCCUCUGGUGGCUGGUGACGCUGCGAGUCAAUUCUCUGGCAGAAGGCGCUUUGAUUGUGUGUCUGUUUUUGAAGAAAUCAGUGGUGAGUCCCGGGCUCCGUCUAGAGAUGGAGAACGAGAUUGUCGACGCCACCUACGCCAUGGCGGAGCUGAUCGGCGCCGACGACCACCAGCGGCUCCACAACUUGUACGUGUUGAUCAACGAGUUGUACCAGCUUAAGUUAUUGACGAUAUCUGCCUAUUUGCGCAAACUCAUCGCGCUGGGCCUCUUUUAUGGUGAUGGUAUCAAUCCUGAGGCCAUCCAGGUCCACAUUAAUGUCCUCCACCAUUUGCCGACCAUCAACAAUAAGCAGUGUAACAACUUGUUGCGCAAAGCGAGACAGCCCAAUGACGAUUUUACCACCAAAUUCGAUCAGGGCAAACAGAUAUUGGACCGGGAAAUAAUUGACCGCGUGUUAAAUGACUCCUUUCCUACUACAUGUGAUAACACUACCGGCGACAUUUCUCAAAUCACUCAGAUGGAAGUGGGGCUCCGCUUUCUCCUCAUCAAUUGGUUGACUCAUGAGUUCAAACAGCGGGUGCAAUCAGCACUGACGCUUGUCCACAUCACCCCGACCACGGUAGCCCACUUGUACCUCUUCUAUCGCCAGUGUGAUAAUCUUCUGGUGUUCUUCAAGGAAGUUGUGCGAUUCAUUUUGAGGAACGAUGCCGGUGUCAUCAUAUGCUACAUGGACUCGUUGUACUUGUUUGCGCGGAUCUUGAUGCAGCACAUGCCUCUCGUCAAACACGUGACGCUGCUGGCGGUGGACCUGGUGCUGGUGGGGUACCCCUUGUUUGACUUGAUGGUGCGCCUCUACCUCGACUUACUGCCGCGGGACUUUGACUGGUUCAACUUUGCCGCGGUGUGGCAGUUUAUGGAGCAGAAGAUCGACCGGCGCAGCUUGGCGCUGGCACUGGUGCUGCCGAAGCUGCCGCUGGUGUCGGUGGGGGCGCAGCUGCCAAUGCCGUUGAAGACGCCCAAUUUACCGUUUGAAGGGGUGGACUCGCCUAUGAGACUCAACGACGACGUACUGGCAGCGAUGGUGGUGCUGCAGCGGUUUUCGCUUCCUGAAUUUGUCCUGUUGCUCACGCGAGCACAGGCGGCUCCCGAAGUGGAUAUCGACCCGGAAGAAGCGUCUGCGCUCCAGCAACUGCUGCAGAUCCACUCGUUAGCUGAGGCGAUCGAGGCACUAAAGCAUCGGGAGGGGGAAGCGGCAGCGACGGUGGUCAAAUUGGUGCGUCAUUUUGGUCGCCAUGGUCAGUACUUAGAAGUGCUCGAGGAGCUAGUGGUGGAUUUACCCGUCUUACCCUUGGCCGAGCUGAAGCGGGCGGUGCUGACCAUCGCCUGCUAUGAACUUAUCCCUUGGCCAAAACUUGUGGAAGCUAUUCUGGGGUCUGAUGACCUAGUAUCGUGGCUUUUGAUUGAGGAUGACCCUCUGCGUACGACGGCACAAACGGUGCAAUUUCAAGCCGUGCGCCACUGGUUCAGGUACCGAGUGCCUCACCGGUUCAGCGACGUGAUGCUAGCGCGACUCCAGCGGGGUUUGGUCAAUCAGGCGUGGUUGGUGGAGCUGAUCGCCUCGCGCGACGUGCUGGUGAUCAACUACGUGAUGCUGUUGGAGCAUGACCAAGCCUUACGACUUCUCAAUGAGCAAGUAGGGGUAUUCCCUCACGAGAUUUCUGAUUCGGCGCUGAUUAUCGCUCUAGCCGACGUUGUCGACGAGUUCAAUCUCCCGUUCUUUCAACUUGCCCUCCGAGCGGUGGUGACUAAAGAUCCAUGCCUGCUUCCGGUGAUUGUCGAUCAGUUGCUCCUUCGCUUCCGGUACCGGUUUGCUGAAGUUAACCGCUUCUUUGGUGAUGUGUUCGACCUACUACCAGACACAACCAAGACGGAAGUUGUCCUUCAAUUGGAGCGGCUUUUUCUUGCCAAAACCCAGUUCACCGACACUACCGUGCUGCUAGUGCUCAACUCCGAAAAUGACGCCGCUACUGCUGUUGAUGUUCUCCCCAUCCUUGCCGAUGCCUUCCAGAAAUUUACUAGCGGCGGCGGCACUAUCGCCGACGACGUGGGGCUGUUCCUGAGCACCCACGGCCCCAGUGGCGCCAUUGACCAGUUCACGCGCCACUUGGUGACCGUGGCCAACGCCAGCGACGCCGCAGGGCUGUCGGCGCUAGAAGAUGCUAUUCUGAUCUACCUACGGAUACUCAUCAUCUACCGGUCAGCCAUCGCCACCGCGUUGGCGGGGGAUGCCGACGGCACCACCCAGUUUGUCCAUAAUCUCGUCAGCUUGCUCCACCUGAGCUUUUUGGCCACCGCCCACGAAAAGCUCCGCAUCGUCCUCUAUGACUUACUCCUCUUGCUUCGCACUCAGGGCGAAUGUGCUGGUAGCGCUGGCGGUGCCGAGGGUGCUGGUGCCGUUGACGGGGUCGCGGUGCGGGCGCCAGCAUUAUGGGCCCUCGACGACCCUACGGAGGCGGGGCGAGUGCCCUCGCCUUCAGCACCGCCGCCAAUGGCGCUGCUGGUGACGCUGCUAGACGAAGACGAGCUCAACGGCGGCGACUACAACUACUUCAACCAUCACGGCCUCGUGAUGGAGCCGCUGGCUCGUGACCCGGGGCUGUUGGCCAAUUUACUUGGCACCACCACCCCGAGGCGGCCACCACCGCGGCGCCCGUUUGCCGUGAAGGGGUUCGAGGUGUUCGAGGAUACCCUGGCCGGUGUCAACGACGCCUGUGUCAACUUGCUGGUGUUUGACGCCUACACCACCAAGGAAAAUCCUAGCUAG